CAUUGUUCAAAUUGUUCAAAUACAUUAAAGUGUUUUUUAUUUACAUUUUUCUAUCGAAAUGUUGCAAUUUAUCCAAUAAACGUAUGACCGUAUCAUAUUUUAGUGAGUAUCAAACACUGGUUUAAAACACCUUAAUGUUGAUGGCAUCAUGGCACAACCUCAAGAAAAAAAUCAGUUACUGCUUUUAAAAGUAGUUGGACUACUAGAUGACUUCACUACUCUUUUUAAGAAAAUUGCAUUGCUGGUUGAUGUUAAAGCAUUAUUAAAUCUUAUUGAUAAGAUUGGAGAGAUAUCAUGCUUGUCGAUAAUCAGAAAUGAAAAAUAUGCUGAGUUGAUGAAAGGUCUGUGUAAUCUUGCUGAUGAAUGCAAAAUAUUAGUUGUGGAUGCAAGAAAUCACAUAAAUAACAUUAAGAAACAAGCCCAGGAUGCCAUUGAGACCAUUGAAUCUUUAAAGCAAGCGUUCAUCAACAGUUCUAAUGUUUCUGGGGAAUUGAAAAAGAUUAAGAGUUCUGUAAUGGAGUCAUUGAAAGAAUCAGAAAAAAUGUGUCAAAGAUACCAUGAGAUCUAUGAAAACUUGAAUGAAUAUUGUGGUCAAGCAAAAGUGGAAUGUAUAAGGAAUGAAAGCAUAGCUGGUAUAGCAGAAAAGGGUAUGAUUGCUGGUGCCUUUGGAUGGUUGAGCAUUUAUGGAGGGUAUGCAGGCUACCAAUUUUGUGCAAAUGCUUUGUUUGCAUUUGGACCAGCUUGUGCUGUAGUGGGGGGUGCUUUAAGUCUUCUUGGUGGAGGAUCACUCAUUCAAAAAGAGUUUCAAGGACGUGCAAAAAAAUUUAAUGAGUUAGUUGAAGGAUUAUGGGAAAUUGAUAAAAAAUUGCUUAAGCAUUACAAAGUGAUGAAAGAACAUGAUGGGCAGCUUGGAAAACUUGGGAAGUUGUCAGAAACCAUUUGGGCUAGGUCCAAUGCUUUUGAUGAGCAAGAACCCAAAGAGAGGGAUAAGAUGAACAAUGAGUUUGUCCUGAAAAACUUUGACGGACUUAAAAAAGCAUACAAUGACUUAAAGGAAAAUUGUGACAAUGUCUUGAGUCAAUUUGAUACUUAUACCAUUUGACCAUUUGUAAUUUAAUUGAAAAUUUUUUGCUUUAUCACAAUGCACAGUGUUAGCAAUAUGAAGUAUUAUUGAUUAUGUAAUGUUACACUAUAAUAUUAUUGCAUGAAGUAUUUAUGUUAACUUAGCACAUGUUAUGUUAUACGGGAAGCCAUGAACUAUUUUUUUCUAUCAAUUACAUUUCUAUUCUAUGUAUUCCUGAUUUCUGAUUGUAAUGAAUCACUCAAAUAUCAACACACAGUAUGUUGAUAUUUAAAUGAUGAAUAUGGAAAACAUAAUGCUAGAUUCUGCUUGUUGUAAUGUAUCAUAAUAAAUUAAUUAUUGCACGGUGUAACUAAUAAGUGAUAUUUACCGACAUCUGUCUGGAGCCCAUGACAUUGUAAAUUGUUUGUAUUAUAGCAAGUGACAUUCUAGUUAAAUAUGUAUCUGUCUAUCUUGUAAAUAGUGUACUGCUAGUAAAAAUAUUUUGUGAAAGUACACUACUUUUGUAAUAAUAGACACUUGCAAAUUUUUAUUAAAAAUAUUUCCAUUUUGUGUAA